AUGAAUAACCAUAUGGGUAUAUUAUUUUUAGUUGUUAUGUUUUUAUAUAAAACAUAUGAUACCUAUAAAAACAAGAAAGACACUUAUCCUUUUUUUGUAACUUCAAUGAUAAGAGAGGAGAAAAACAUGGACAUAGACAUGUCAUAUAAGAAGGAUAAAAAGAAAAUAAAAAUUUUAUUGCAAGCAAUAAAUAACAAGGACGAAUACGACAGCCCCUUAAUUGUAUUACUUCCAGUGGAAGAAAAUUAUUCUGAUAAGUUAUACGAGGAAUAUUUAAAACAAGCUGAGGAUAAUCCUCAAAAAAAUUCUGUAAAAAAUGUUUUGAAGAAUAUCCUAAAUCGUUAUGAUGUGAUAGAUCAGAAAAUAUUUUUAAAUAAGUUUUCUGAAGAAAUUAAUGCUUAUUUAAAUUUGUACCAAAAUAUUUCGAUUUAA